AUCGGAGUCGGCCUUGGUUCAAAUUUCCACUAUGCGCCUUUCUUCAAACGACUAGCAGAAGCAUAACGAACUUCAAACCCCGCCGGAUUUUUGUUUACACGUACGGUUUUUUGGAAUUAGACUGGGUGUGUUUAGCUAGCUUUUACCCUAGUUCAGAAGCGAAGUUUUCUCUAAUAGUUGAACAAAAACGGGCGCAAACGAUGGAAAACUUUCAGAAAAUCGAAAAAAUCGGCGAGGGUACGUACGGUGUCGUGUACAAGGGUCGCAAUAAAGUUACUGGUGAAAUAGUUGCAAUGAAAAAGAUACGUUUGGAGUCGGAAGAUGAAGGAAUACCAUCAACUGCCAUUCGGGAAAUUUCACUACUAAAAGAACUGCAACAUCCGAAUAUAGUUUCUUUACAGGACGUUCUGAUGGAGGAAAAUAGACUGUAUUUAAUAUUUGAGUUUCUUUCGAUGGAUUUGAAGAAGUACAUGGACACACUGCCAGCGGAGAAAAUGAUGGAUGCGGAUCUGGUCAAAAGUUACAUGUACCAAAUCACGGCAGCAAUAUUGUUCUGCCACAAACGACGGGUUUUGCAUCGCGAUUUGAAGCCGCAAAAUUUGCUAAUUAACAAGGAAGGCUUAAUUAAGGUUGCCGAUUUCGGUUUAGGUCGAUCGUUCAACAUUCCAGUACGUAAUUACACACAUGAGAUUGUCACCCUGUGGUAUCGUGCCCCAGAGGUUCUGCUCGGUUCGCAACGGUACGCCUGCCCUGUUGACGUUUGGUCAAUAGGUUGCAUAUUUGCCGAAAUGGCUACCAGAAAGCCACUGUUCCAGGGUGACUCGGAAAUCGAUCAGCUAUUUCGAAUGUUUCGUAUACUAAAGACACCGACCGAAGAAAUUUGGCCCGGGGUCACUUCUCUUCCCGACUACAAGCCAACAUUCCCUUGCUGGACGCAGAACAAUUUGAACAGUCAGGUGAAAAAUCUCGAUUCGGGCGGCUUGGAUCUGCUCCAGAAGUGUUUAAUCUAUGAUCCUGUCCACCGGAUUUCCGCCAAAAAGAUCUUGGAACACAAGUAUUUCGAUGGAUUCGAUCGGCGGGUGGUGCCGACUGAUUAAACUUCUGUGUCUCAAACUUUUCUCGAACGUUCGCUCCAGUCUUUUCGCCAGAUUUCGAUAGGGACUUUCGCUGUGUAAAUAGCCCUCCCGAUAAUUGAAAAAAAAAUAGGAUUCUUGAAGCCGCUCUCUUAGAGGUUAUCGUUCUUAUUUUAGGUUUGAAUUAUUUGGUACUUGCGGAAAAAAAAAAAUACAGGAUGAGAUUUUAUCGGUACCUCAUCCGAGAUCUUUGCAAGCCCUUUUUAACGUGGUAAAUAGAAAUCGAUAAUAAAUGACGUAAGGAUGAAAACUAA